CAGGCCUCCGCGGCUGUGCGAGGGGUGCCUGGACGGCUGCACCCCGGAGCAGAGGGCGGAGGUGUUCGGGCUCUUUUCGGCGUGGGUCGCGGUUGUCGGAGACGAGCCGCGGGCGCUGUGCAUGACAGACCUGAGCUUGCUCCCCACAGACGCCAGGGACAUCGCGGACACAUUCGCGUCCUGCGCUGCCCAGAUCCAGGAGUGCGAGAUGACAAGGUGUUCGGGCGGCGCGGGCGCCUUCGACGCGUUCUACGCCGGCCUGGCAGGCCAGCCUCUGCGCCGGCUCUGCCUGGGCUACAACGUCUUGGGGCCGCCUGGCGCCAGCGCGCUCAUGGCGGCAGCGGCGUCGUGGGCAGGCAGCCUCGAGCACCUCAGUGUCGAGAUGAACGGCAUCGGGGACGACGCGUGCAGGGAGAUGUGCGCGGCGCUGGCCGCUGGAGCGCUGCCGCGCCUGAGGGCCCUCGAGCUCGGCUGGAACGAGCUCUCCUCGGCGUGCGGGCCGUCGCUGGCUUCGCUCCUGACGGGGCCAAGAGGCGAUGAGCCGGAGGCGCCCCCGCGGACGCUGCAGAGGCUCGGGCUGAGCGGCAACACGCUCGGCUCGGAGGGCGCCGAGGUAUUGAUCGCGGCCGCUGUCAGCGAGCCGGCGCGAGUCUUGGAUUUGGACCUCUCGAUGAACUAUGUGGGAGCAUCUGCGCUCGGCAAGUUGGCGGAGUGGGCCAAGGAGUGCACAUGUGACCGCUUGGCUGUAUCCAUAGGUCUCGAGUGGAACGACAUCGAGGA